AUGACCGAAGCUCAGUUCCCAUACGAGAUUCCCUCCUGGCCCAUGGAGGGUCUCCUUGAUUUGCAAAUGGGCCACGACGAGCUCGGCGCAGACCCCUUCAUCGCUAGCGACUUUAGUUUGACGAUGCAAGAGGGACUGGACACCUGGAGUCCCGAACAGUUUAGCUGGGAAAAUGAACACCCGGUUAAAUCAAGCGCAUCUCGACCAUAUCCGCAAAUGUGGUAUGAUGCCGGUCUUGUGAGACAGGACCGUGCAGGGAUGAAAACCACUAGCUUCUCCAACCAAUCAACUCCUUUCCAACCCACCGAGAAUCCCCCGAUCCAACCCCACCCAGAUCUCGAGACAACACAAAGAGCCCUUUUCAUGACUCCCUCACCAAAUCCCCUAUUCCCCUUCCCCGGAUCUCCAACCUCAGAUCCCCACGGUUCCCCAGACCCAAGUCACGCUUCUUCACGGGGGUGGGAUGGGGAUGCCGAUGAAGAUUCUCACUACACGUUCGAUUUCGGCCCGUCGCCAUUGAAUACCCACUAUCAGGCUCCUGUUCAGACCCACACAUUCAGCUCCCCGCACCAAUACUCGGGGCAAGACGAAGAAUGUCUCACACCACUCGAGAUGCCAGAUGGAACUACCCGCAUGACUUCCAAUUGGCUCCCCGUUGACCCUGACGCGGGGUUCGCGAUUAGUUCCAUGAGUAUGAAUGAGGAUGUAGCUUCGUUUCAGAAUGUGAAGCACGCUUUCUUUUCAACCCCUGCCUCUUGGUCAUAUGACCCUUGA